GGCGUGGGGGAGGGGUGGGGUUGAGAGGAAGCGGAAGUGUCAGAGCAGGCGGAAGUGGUACUGCCCUGAAUCCCCGGAGCAGCAGGACGGCUCGAGCACUCACAUCAUCCCCGUGAAUAAAUAGCAGGAUCUCUCCCAGCGCACUCUAAAAUCCUAGCGAUGGAUAAGAACGACCAGGUCCAGAAGGCUAAGCUCGCGGAGCAGGCCGAGCGUUACGACGACAUGACGGCGGCCAUGAAGGCUGUGACAGAGCAGGGGGUGGAGCUGAGCAACGAAGAGCGCAACCUGCUGUCCGUCGCCUACAAGAACGUGGUGGGGGCGCGCCGUUCAUCCUGGCGGGUCAUCUCCAGCAUCGAGCAGAAGACGGAGGGCAACGAGAAGAAGCAGCAGAUGGCCCGCGAGUACCGCGAGAAGAUUGAGGCGGAGCUGGAGGAGAUCUGCAAGGACGUGCUGAACCUGCUGGAUAAGUUCCUCAUCGCCAAUGCCACCCAGGCGGAGAGCAAGGUGUUUUACCUCAAGAUGAAAGGAGACUACUUCAGAUACCUGUCAGAGGUCGCCUCCGGAGCAAGCAAGAAAACCACGGUGGACAACUCCCAGGAGGCCUACCAGGACGCGUUUGACAUCAGCAAGAAGGACAUGCAGCCCACGCACCCCAUCCGCCUGGGUCUGGCCCUCAACUUCUCCGUCUUCUACUACGAAAUCCUUAACUCCCCAGACAAGGCCUGCCAACUGGCCAAGCAGGCGUUUGACGAGGCGAUCGCUGAGCUCGACACCUUAAACGAAGACUCCUACAAAGACAGCACCCUGAUCAUGCAGUUACUAAGGGACAACCUGACUCUGUGGACAUCAGAACAUCAGUGCGACGAGCCUGAAGUCGGCGAGGGGGAGAACUAAAGCGCUCGCCCCGUCCCCCCCCCGUCCCGUCCCCCGUCCUCCCCGCUCCCUCCGCCUCCACACCUCCACUCUUCCUCCCUCCUCCCCCUCCCUCCCCCCUUCAUCUCAAACACACAUGCUGUGUCUCCACCGCUGCCUUCUGUAUAACCCGGCGGCAUGAGGUGUGCUCUAACCCGCACCACCUGGUAGACACCAAACCCUAACAUGAAUAACUCCAUCCCCUGAGGUGUGGUCACCCCACGGGGAGGGUCCCAGAUACAAAACGACGUACAGAACAAACAGAUGUAAUUAAUGGUGGAAGUUGUAUUUUAUUUUUCUCGUCCCCCCCCCCCCCCACCCCCCACAAUCCA